AUGUCUUCGAGCUCAUCGACGUCAAGGAAUCAGCUACAAGUCACUCAUGUUCAGUCGCAAGAAGGGGUAAAACUUUGUGAUUGUGUCGUUCCAGCUAAAGAACGAACGUGUUGGAAGAUAACAAACCCUGGGAGGCGAUUCAGUAUGAAACUGGAUGCCAAAGAGGAACUGUCUGAGAUGAAAAAUUUGAGGAGAAGGAUUGCUGAAGUGGAGUUUCUGCUGUCACAGGAGCAGUAUAAGGUGGUAAAGAGUGAGAAAGAAGUUCAUGAUGCAAGGAAGGCAAUAGGCAGGUACAGGAUGAUAGUUGCCCUAUUGUUUGCUUGCUUGGCCCUAUGUGUUUUGAAGUUAGGGGUGAUUGUAUUUAGUUAG